CUUUGUUCUCGCGCAUGACAUCAGUGUUUGCAGAAGAGUAGCUGCUGCACUGAGGGAAGGAAGGACAGAAGCACUUAAUCCGGCGUCUCGGUUCUUUGUUAGUUUAAGAGAGUAAUUCGCCGAAUAUUUGGGAUAUAUCAUCAACUACUGCUAAGACAUUGCCUCUCGGUUUACUGCUACACGAUUUCGGUGUGAAUAAUUGAAGCACAUCAUUUGAUCCUGUAGAGCUGAAGUUGAGGUUUGGAGUCAUGCAGAAGACACAGAGUGAGAGUGUUUGGGCUGAUGAAGCUCCACAGAGGCUGUCCUGGAGCGGCCUGGUGCAGAAACUCAGCAGCAGUAACAGUAUAGACUCCGAAUCCGAGCACAGUGGCACAGACGAUUGCUCAGAUACUGGUUCCGUAUCUCUUCCUGACUUGUCUGCUAUGGAUGCCGACACGUUCUACGACCCAACAGAAGAGAGCCUCUGUAAAGAAGUAGUCCAACAGAUUGCUCUUAGCCUGAUUGAAGCAAAAGGCUGCACAUUGCACUGUGCUAAACUUCUUAUUCCCAACAAGCUGCUAGAACACAUAGGGAGCGAGCUGGUGCAGCUGGCAGCAAGUGAGCCAUGUGGCCUCCGGGGGGCGCUCAUCGAUCUGUGUGUGCAGCAGGGAGAGAUGUUUCACAGUGUAAGCCAGAUUGCUGCUGACCCCUGCGUUGUCCCCACCUUUCAGCUCACUCUCGUCCUCAGGCCCGAGUCAGGAGGCAUAUGGCCAAAGAUCCAGGGCUUGUUUAUUGCCAAAUCUUCAUCACUGCCUCUGAGAGCUGCCCUAAAACUCAGCACUGGCUUCAGAGUGAUCAAAAGAAAACUGUACAGCUCAGAAGAGCUGCUUAUUGAAGAAUGUUGAGCCACAAGGACCAAAUCUGGGUAUUACUGAGGCAUUUAUGGCUCUGUGAGGUCAACAUUUUAGUGAUCUGAACCAAGGACUUCAGAUAAUACUGUGUCGAUUGGCUUUAUAUUGAUGAUAUUACCAGAUGUUGCAGGUCUCUUUUGUCACCAGGGUGUUUAUACAAAAAAGAGCAUAGGGUACAAAAAAGUAAUUGCAUCCUCAUAUUCACUGAUUGCUGUAUGUACGUUAUAGAUACUGCAUUCAUAUAUUGCACUUCUUUCAGGCAGUUCUCAAACCCGUUUGGUGCCGUUUUGUCUACUGCUUUGAAAUGUUUACCUCACGUUUUAUUUUCUGAAAAUGACUGGCAGCUAUUUCAUUAACCUGAUUUACCCAUGUCAUGAAUUUAUUUUUUUUUUUUUAUCCAGCGAGCACCAUUUUGUGAUCCAAGGUUGAUCUUGUGUUUUUAAAAUGGGUUCUUCGCAUCUUAAUUGUUUUUAAACACCGUUAUCAUGCAUAUUCACUUGUGCAUCAUUAUUUAUUUGAUAUUCAAAUACUGUUACGUUUUAUACGUGCAUUAAGGAAAAUCAGAAAAUAAAAUAUUUUUGAAGAAA